AUGCGUUUCUCCGUCAUCCUCCCCUUCGCGUUCAUCGCCAGCGCCUUUGCGCUCCCAACUGUCUACACCGGCUCGGCUGUCGCCGUUCGCCAGGAGAUCCCUCUCAUCAAGGAGAUCGACACCGUCCUUGACAACCUGGGCUUGACCCUCGACAACACCAUCACCGAGCUCCUCGACUGCCUGGGACUCGGCAAGGUCGACAGCGACCUCAACGACCUCCUUAAGGAGCUCGUCGGUGCCGUUGACAAGACCGUUAAUGGUGUCGAUGAUGUCGCCGAUGGUCUCCUCAAGGACCUCGGUCUUGGAUCUGUCGUCAAGCUUGACCAGGAUCUAGAGAAGGCCCUUGGCCUCAGCCCCGAGAACACCAUCGGUGAGCUCCUCAAGAGCCUCCACCUGAUCCACUAA